GCAUACGCGCGGAUGCGCUCGAUCAAGAUCUUGCUGUUCAUCUUCAAUUUGAGCUUCUGGCUGGCAGGAUUGGCUGUCAUUGCCUUUGGUCUGUGGCUGCGGUUUGGUGGGGCUAUGGCAGAGUUUGCUUCAGACAAAAGGUCUCCAGAGUAUUUCUUCAUAGGACUGUAUGUAUUGGUGGGAGCAGGGGCUCUCAUGACCACAGUUGGAUUCUUUGGGUGCUGUGGAGCAGCGCGGGAGUCUCAGUUCUUACUUGGAGCAUUCUUUGCUUGCUUGUUGGUGAUAUUUGCAGCUGAGAUCACUGCUGGAGUGUUUGCAUUUAUAGGCAAGAAAGCGGCAAUACAGGAAGCCCAGAAAAUCUAUGAAGACAUUUACGAGGAAUACAUGAAAAACCCGGGGAAGGUGAACAGAACCAUCUAUCACUACCACUUGGCUCUCCAAUGCUGUGGUAAAGAUAAUUUGGAACAACACGUAGGAUUACCUUGUCCAGAGAAAAUGCAGGUGCCAAAGAACUGCCUGGUUGAAAUCCAUAACGUAAUCGAUGCCAAUCUGCAUUUAGUUGGGAUUGUUGGAAUUGCAAUUGCUGGCACCACAAUCUUUGGCAUGAUAUUCAGCAUGGUUCUCUGCUGUGCUAUCCGUAACACGAGAGACAUGAUCUAAAACUGUCACUGCACAACUGUGUCCAGAAGCUUUACAAGAAGUGCUCUUCUACCCAGCUUAAUAAUUGUAAUGUAUUUUAAUUAGUGUUUUAACAUACUGAGAGGAAAAUAUCCCACUAGGUGUGGAGGUGAAUUGUAUUAGUGACAGUAAAACCGAAAUGAACAAAAAAAGGGUUUUAAAAUGUCCUCUGUAAUGAAAAGAGCCAAGAUGUGGCAUCAAAGACUAAUUUGAUUUUUAAUGUCUGUAUAUGUGCAGUUAAGAGCUUACAUAUCUAUAGGCAUUGUGUAAGUACAUGCAUUUCUCUCAUUACAGAUAUGUAUGCACAUUAUCUGUGUAUGUAGUACCUUAUGUAGGUAAGUAUGUGCAAAUGGGAUGUGUUGUGUGUCCACAUUUGCAUGCAGAUUUUUCCAGUCUCACUAUGCAGGAGUGUGCACACACCCAUAGGUUGCUUGAAACACUUUCAUUCCGAGCCCCCGUUUGCCAAGAACUGGUGGAGGAACAAAUGCCAUUUUAAAAAUGACUCAGCAUCCAUUUUGUUACUGUUCCAUCCAACCCCCAAAGAGGAAAUCUAUUUUGUUUUAAGUGACUUUAUUUUUACAAAAGGGUCUCCUCCAGCACACUCCUUCCUGGGAGAUCUUCCAAAGCCCCUGGAUGUGGUCCUGGGCACUCUGCCCUGCAUGGCUCUGCUGGAGCAUCAUGCCUGGAUCAGAGGGACACAGAGAUCCCUUCCAAUUUCAACCAUUCUGUGAUUCUGUGACUUCACUGGCAUGCACAGACCUGAGUUUCGUUUUUGUUUAAGUCCAGUUGCGUUUUCAUGCAAGUACAGAAAGCUCUGUGGGAGGAAACAGUCCAAGGAGAUCUGGGCUGAACAAAGAGGGGAGGAGGUAGGAAGCUGGCAAGAUACAGUCAUUUGGGAGCUAUUGUAACACACAGUGUGGUUAAGCUUCCCAUACAAGCCUGAGACCAAAACCAAACCACCAAAACCUCUAUGUGUUAAAGGGGCCACUAAAAUCUUAGUUCAGAGGCCCCUUUAUGCUGUAAGACUAUGAUCUAUAAUGCUGGUGCAGGAGUAGAACCUAUAUUAAGAAAAGCAGCAGCUUUGUCAGAUACCCUGUAGAGCCUAACUGGUGUGUAGAAUCCAAUGGAGGAGAAAAAAUGGUCAGGGAAAAACACACAGCACUUUAAUAUCCUCUGGUUUUGCUUCUGUGACUAUCACAGCUUCCUGAGGGCUCCUACCUCAACCUCCCACCCCUUCCUGCAGGUGUAAGGCAGAAAAGAAAGAUGGGACUUCUUUUCUAAAAAAGAAAAAAAGAAAAAAAUAGAAGAGCAGAGCCACAAAGUAAAUUUUCUUACUGGCAUUUGUAGAUUGCAUGUCAAGUAUAAAAAAAAUACUGUUCUUGAAAUACCUCAGGGCUUGCCUUUGUGUUAUUUGUUUCUAUAUUGUUAUUUUUAUAUUCUUCAUACUUAUUUAUGAGAGUGUUCCUUCUAAAGCAGCCUAGAAGGGAGAAAGUUUGUUCCCAGAAAGAGCAAAUAGAUUACAGCAAGGGCUCAGAAUCUCUUAAUUUUUUUGCUUAGUCCAGUUAAUUUAGCAUUUCAAAGAAUAACUUUCUGCUAGCAAUGCCACUUUAAUUAUUACUAGCUCAGAGUUCUUAUGCAGUUGUUCCUUUUUAAGAGAAUAGGUCUAACAGAGUUCAGUUACAUGUCUCAGUGGAAUGGUCCAUGAUGACUUGGCAUUUACAAGUCAUUUAUCUCACUAAAACAUGUUGGCACUUCAGGUAAUAUGUGCAGUCUAAUAACAUGUUUGUGUAACAUACAUCCCUCCUGAUGUUUUUCUCUCAUUUCCAACAGAAACUCCAGUUUCUGUCAGUUUUCUGUUAUUUCAAUAUUGGAAAUGGUGCUGUUGUUCCAUGUUUCCCACUUAAUUGACUCAUCUUGCUGUCUUUUACAUGGAUGUCACUUUCCAAAUUGUUCACCCACAAGCUGUGACUAUCCAGUGACAUUGAUACAGCUGUGCACUUGUAGGGGAGCCCUUAGGUCGGGGCUUGAACUGGUGACUGAGCACCUGGUGAAGGGGUGCUGUUGGCCUAAGGAGCACAUUGUUGGCACCUGUGCUCUCCCAUCUGCCCAGAAGGGCUGGACCCAAUGCAGAGCCAUCCUGGGCUCAGUUAAGGGGCAGCCACUGAAGGGAGAGCAUCUCUUGGACCUAGGCUGCUUCCUGAGGAGUGCUGUGUUGCCAGAGAGCCCCUUCACCAGCUGGGUGAGUUCAGAGCUUCUUUCUGUAUGAUAUGGCUGUUGGCCUACUGUGAAUGCUUUGUGUGGUGCCACCAAGAGCCUAUCAGCAGUUAUUUUGCAUAAAAUAGCAUUAAAAAUUGCACUCGACGUGAACUGUGAUAACAGCUGCUUGCUCAGCAACAUGUGAGCAGAUUCCAGGCUGAACUUCAGGUCCCCAUUUGCAGAGAGGUGUUGUAUCACAGACCAGUGAGCUCUGCUCUUGUUUCAGUUCUUCAUGGUGCAAAACCUCUGCUCUUUUCAUUUCUAAGUAACCGCAUUGUGUAUCCACAGUAAGAAAGCUUUUCAGAGAUAAUUAAAUCCAAAUCAGUACCUGAGCUUCCUCAGGUGCACUUCAAAGCUGCGUGUCAGGAUUUAAUUAACCAGCUUCUGCUCCGGAUUGAUACUGCCUGCCUCAGAAGUGCCCAUCUAGUCAGGAAAGUGGCAACAGACCAAAACCUUCUGGGGAUAACUCUGAAAGCACAGCACGCAUCUUCUUCCUAUUCAGUCAACCAUCUCGUUCUCAAGUUUAAACAUGUAAAGGCUUGAUUCUUAUUUCUUUUAAGAUCAUUAUUUGUCAUUCCCUUGUCUAGUUUUCCUGAGUAACAGCCUCCAGUGGGAGCUUCACAUACUACAAACUAACUGCAGCCUAUCUUGCAGAGGCUGAGCAGGAGCUGAUGAAGCACAGCCCUUUAAUAAUUUGUAUUUCACUUUUAUACCAAAAGUGAUAGUUUUAUAGCAAGACAUAUUUAAUGUGUAUUGAGAAGGAAAUUGGGUUGUCUUAAGCCUCCGAAUGCUCUUACAGCCUUCAGAGGCUGAUUAACAGCAUCAGGUGCUGUUUGUAGGGCACCCACCUAACGGAGCUCAGCAAUCUCACUUCUCUGGUCACUGUUGGGAUCUCCACAGCACAAACUGCUUCCAAGGUGACGUUUGUUUCUACAGCACAAAUCCUGAUUUGGGGCAGAACUGGGAUAUUUGUCUUUGCACUGUCUGUAGCAGCAUUAUCUCUAUCACAGCUCUCUGCGGGAAAUGAAAAGGAAAUGGAGCAAUGCUUAUUCUGUUGCUGAAGGCAGCUUUUGCUUUCCUUUGGUUUAAUGUGUACUAAAGUGGAAAUGUGUUGGUUUUAUUGUCUUGAAUUUGAAACAAUGUUCUAAUAAAAAUAACCAGCAAUACAAGA